AGAUCGCGUGGGAGCCGCUUCGCUAGGCAAAGUAAAACUCCUUUGAACGGAAGGCAGAACAGGUAGGUUGGUAGUGCUUACAUUCCAUUCCAAGACAUCCCUCUCUCUCUCCUCAUUUCUUUCUUAAAAAAAAAAACGCCAUAGUUUCUCUCUCCUAUCUCUGUCUCACUGAGUUGGAGGUUCUCCCGACUCGGUUCGCCGCACAUGGCCGCCCCGAGGACUCGCUCCGGCCGAUCAACGCCGCUUAGAGAUUCUUCCUCCGAGAAGAUGGACGGUGCUGGUAGUUGGGACGCCAUCGAAUGGACCAAGAUUGAGCCUGUUUCGCGGUCCAUUUCGCUUAUGAAUUUAGAGUUUUUGCUUGAGGAAGAGCAAGUAAUUGUGGAGGGUUAUGGUGUUGUUCUUGUUAACACUGAUGAGGCAGGGACACUGAUAGUAACCAAUUAUCGACUUAUUUUUCUGAGUGAAGGAACUAGGAAUAUCAUUUCUCUUGGUACCAUACCACUCAUGACAAUUGAGAAGUUCAGCAAAUUGUUUGUAAAGACACAAUCAGCUCCUCGUCAGUCUGACAAGAGUCCAUCUCGUAGACUUCUGCAGAUUAUUGGCAAAGACAUGAGAAUUAUAGUCUUUGGAUUUCGCCCUCGAACAAAGCAGAGACGUGCAAUAUUUGAUGCAUUAUUGAGGUGUACCAAGCCAGCAAGAAUCUGGGAUCUUUAUGCUUUAGUUUGUGGUCCUUCCAAAUUCGGAAAUUCUAAUCCUCAGGUGCGGUUAUUAAAUGAAUAUUUUCGGCUUCUUGGCAAAGGGUCCUACCGAGCUUCAAUGAGCAUGAUAGAAGAUGGGUCUUUCACAUUGUCCAAUGACCUGUGGCGAAUAAGUAGUGUAAACUCCAGCUAUGCAAUCUGCCAGACUUAUCCAUUUGCUUUGAUUGUUCCAAAAGGCAUUUCUGAUGACGAAGUGAUUCAGGCUUCCAGCUUUCGUGCAAGAUGUCGAUUGCCCGUAGUUACUUGGUGCCAUCCAGAAACUGGAGCAGUUCUUGCACGAUCAUCCCAACCAUUAGUUGGUAUCAUGAUGAACAUGAGGAGCAAUACUGAUGAGAAGCUUGUGGCUGCACUUUGUACUCAACUUGGUGGAACAGGGGUACAACGGAGGAAGCUUUAUAUAGCUGAUGCAAGACCUAGAAAAAAUGCUUUGGCUAAUGGUGCAAUGGGAGGUGGCUCAGAGUCAUCUUCAAAUUACUUUCAAUCUGAGAUAGUUUUCUUUGGGAUAGACAACAUCCAUGCAAUGCGAGAGAGUUUUGGUCGGCUGAGAGACUACUUAGAUACACAUGGCGCAACUUCAUCAGAUGGAAUGUCGUCAUUCUUGAGACACGGUGGAUGGACUUGGGGUGGAGGUAAUCUCAGUAGUAUGUCUGCUUCUGUGUCAACUCUUGGGGACAGUGGUUGGUUGAUACAUGUACAAAGUAUCUUGGCUGGUUCAGCUUGGAUUUCUGCACGUGUUGCUUUAGAAUCGGCAUCAGUACUUGUUCAUUGCAGUGAUGGUUGGGAUAGAACCACUCAGUUGAUUUCACUUGCCAAUUUGUUGCUGGAACCAUACUAUCGGACAUUCACGGGGUUUCAGGCACUUGUUGAAAAAGAUUGGCUAGCAUUUGGUCAUCCAUUUUCAGAUCGUGUGGGCAUGCCAACUGUAUCUGGGGGUGGCAACAUACCUUACGAAUUAUCUAGGCAGUCUUCCGCUGGUGGUUUUCCAUCAUCACCCAUGCGCCAAUCAGCAGGAUCGCAUACAUCCCAAAAUCCUAGUUCUACUCAUGCACAGAAUUCAAACAACUAUUCCCCUAUAUUUUUGCAGUGGAUUGAUUGUGUUUCACAAUUGAUGCGGAUGUAUCCUUUUGCAUUUGAGUUCUCCUCGGCUUUCUUAGUGGAUCUCUUGGACUGUAUGCUUUCAUGUCGCUUUGGAAACUUCUUGUGUAAUAGUGAAAAGGAGAGGCAACAGUGUAGUAUUGCUGAAGCUUCUGGAUGCCUGUGGGUAUAUUUGGCUGAUUUGCGUGCUGCAGAAGGGAGUUCUCAUGUACACUAUAACCUCUUUUAUGAUCCACUGAAACACAACAGUCCAAUAUUACCUCCGGCAGCAGCUUUAGCACCGACUCUGUGGCCUCAAUUUCAUCUUCGUUGGUCUUGUCCCACAGAAGCCCAAGCUGGGGAGGUGGAGGCUGUAUGUCGGAAGAUGGCUUUUAAAUUCUCCGAAUUGCAAAAGGAAAAAGAAGUGGCAGAGAACAAAGCUAAGAACAUGGUUACUGCUAUGGAAUCUUUAAGUGCAGAGUUAAGAAAUGAACAGAAUGCCAGAAUUUCAACUAUGAGCCAGGCCAAAAGAGCCAGCAAGGAAAACGAGGCUUUUAAACGAGCCAUUCAAUCACUAGGAUGCAAGGUCCACUUCUCCGGAAGUGGCGAUUGCACAGUUGACAUUGAAAAUAGCUUGAUUGGUACUCCACAGAAAUUUGCUCAUUCUCCCUCAAAGAGAGAUUCGGACUGUAUCACACAGAAUGAUGAAAAAUCAGACCUCUCUGUUUCAAUCACAGUUAUGGCAGAUGAUAUUGCUCCGAGCAAUCAAAUUGGUCGAAUGUGUGAAACAUUAUGCCCACUUCGCACUCGAGAUGGAGGCUGCAAGUGGCCAGAUGCUGGAUGUGCUCAGCUCGGCAGCCAAUUUGUUGGACUUAAGGCAAAUUUUGACGCAUUUGACCGACUUUCUAUUUACGAUGGCUACUUUCAGCCCAAGUGAAUAAUAGGUUAGGUUAGAGUAGUUCCAAGAUUAUUUUUCACUUGCCCUCAAAUUAAAUUGAGUGGCAAUGGCCCUUAGAAUUUGAAAAAUGGGGGUCCCGGAACUGUUUGUACAGAGAAUGUAGAGUUACUCUGAAUCAACCUAUUAGCUUAAGGAAUUUUGUUGUAUAAGAAGACGAGUUGGUAAUCAUUUGUGGAGUAACUGUGGUAGUGAUCGACGGCCCAUACAAGUUUCUUUAGAUGUUUCUAGCUUGACCAAAUACGUUUCAAUUCAUUUCCCCAAUAAGAUUAACCCGUGUACAUGUUUUAGGCUUAGCUAUGUGUUAUAGCUACUCUUUACCAGCAUCUAUUUAUGUGCAAUGAUACAUUUAGUUAUUUAAUAAAAAAAUUGGGUAUUGGCGAAAACAA